CGUUAAAUUCUCGUUAUUGCAAUAUAAAUUUUGACAAUAUAAAUCCAAAUUGCUGAUUUUCUGUCCAAGUUGGAGCAAUAGAUAACAUAUUUUAUAAUGAGAAAUAAGAAUCAACUUUGUCAGCACAAAGACGUCUUUGAACGAAUGAAUUAUUUAUAUCAGGCUAGUCAUCUAAUGGCGUUAAAGAAUCGAGUUGCGGCGUCUUACUUUGGCAAUAAUAUGGUAGCUUGUGCCAAGAAGGCAGUAUUACGCAUGGAACCAAAUUUGAAAAGAACUCUCUGUAAAUGCUGUCAAAGUCCACUUAUACCUGGAGAGACAGCCAGAGUUAGAUUAGUAUCAAAGCCUGUAAAGAGCAUCAAAUGGACGUGUUUAACUUGCAUGAAUACAAAGAGAUAUCCUACGAAAAAAGGAUACAAAAUAUGGCUCGAUCAGCCUGAAUCAGUGGUCGAGAUGUUAGAUUUUACACCAAAAUCAAAGAAUAAGAACAAACAGAAACCUGGCUCUGGAGACACUCCUGAGAAAGUAAAAGAACAAACUAAAAAUCACCCUACAAGUUGAUCCAUUUUGUAAACGUCAAUAUACAAGCAGAGAAAGCCAAUCAAGCUCAAAGCAGAUCCACUUUAUAGACUAGUCCAAGAUCUGGUGUACGAAUAUUUUUUAUUAAUGACUUACAUAAAAUAUGUUACAAUAUUACAAUAAAUUUGUAAUUAAUAAAACAGA